GUAGCUGCUGACUUAAAAAAAAAAAAUUGCGGGUGGAACCCCGCUUUAAAUGGCCCCUAUUACUGCUUCUUUGAAACUCACCACCAAAGAGUCACUGGGGUUUGUUUACUAAAGCUGGAGAAGGAAAAUUCAGGCUCACUUCUGCUUAGAAGCCAAUCGGCUUCUAACCCUAUAUAACCUACCAGCAAUAUCUGGAAGCUGAUUGGUUUCUAUGCAGAAGUGAGCCUGAUUUUGCACUCACAAAACGCCACAGUUAUUAGAGACCAGAGUUGAGACAUGCGAGUCUUUGUUAAUUGACCUUUAAUUAAUAAAUACUUUUAAAAAUGAUAAAAAAAAAAAAACGUGUGUGAUAAAUAUAACAUGCAUGCGGUAUAUUCAUCGGAUCCAUGCAGUAUCACCCUUAGUAAACUGAAAAAUGUAUUUUAGAGCAUAAAAAAGAAUAAAACAAUUAACACAUUAGGGAGAACAUUAUGCUUGUUAUAUGGUGUUGUUAUAUGGUGUUGUAAUAAAUAUUAGGCAAGAUUACUACAAACCAACUAAAAUAAUUUGAAUGUUAACGUAAGGAAUGAUAUAUUUCUGAAUUAAGAAUUCUUUACUAUUUGUGCUUCACACUUGUAAAAUGUAAAUGACUGCUUUCCAGGAGUACAUUCAACUCUGCUGCGAAUAUUGCAUUGUAAUUAAACAUGCACAUUGUAUUAAACUUAAACAGCAGGCAUGAUUUUUAGCCUUUAUGCUGGAAUCUGAAAUUCAAAUGAAUACCAGUGGUUUCUUGCAUAGCAGAAUCUUCAAUAGUUUCCUAUUAUGGAUAGUUUUUGGUAAUUUAAUCCCAACUUUGAUACUCAAUUAUGUGGAACUCCUUUCCCUGCAACUUCCUGUAACACUAUAUGUAUGGGUAAAAAUAUUAGAGGCUGUGCACUGCACUGGGAAGUUCAGACACAUCAAUUCAGCUAGGACAUGUGUUCAGCCUGGGAGACUCGAGCAAGAAGGAACAGUUAGGUUUGAAGUACAGGAAUGGUGUUGUUUUUGGGAAGGACUCAUUCAUGCAUAUUGGAGAAGGUAUAAUUAAAUCAAUCUUGGCAGCGUUUCAGCCAGUUGCAACAGCAGAGCUGAGCUUAAAGGUCGUUAGAAAUCAAGUGCUUGGUAAGUGAAUGCAGUUGGAGUACAAGCAAUCCAAGACGAUUUGGAAACCCUGGAGUCAGGAAUGGUUUGUUUGUUUCAUGACGUGCUUUGCUUUACCCCGUGGCUCAUCAUUUUCCUGCGUUUGACUGGGACACAUGAGGCAGUUUUCUGCGCUUCCCUGUCGUGUAUUGCAAACAUUCUACAUGUUUUUCUGCUGUUUUUUGUGUGCUGCUGCAGAAAAGAAGAAUUGCACCUCUGAAUUAAUAAUAUGUUCAGAAAGAACAAAUGGCACGUCGGUUAAGACUUCACUUUGCCACCCGAAGAAGCAACACCGAUCCUCUGCCAGAAAGCUCAGAAAAUGGCCUGGACAGCAAUAUUCACAUGUGCUUUAGAAGAUUUUCUCACUCGUCCGCACCAAGUGUGAUCCAGAUGAGACUUUCUCCACGACAAACGAUACAACUGUCAUCUUCACCAGAAAUCGUUCAGUCACAUCAAGGUAAUUCUGUUUCACCACCUAGCAAGAAGAGCACAUCGCUGCAGAUAUCUUUACAGCCCAGCAGAAAUAGUAGAUGUCAUCAAUCUGACAACACAGACCUUUCUACGGAAGACAUUUCUUUCGUCAGUGCUUCCCAGGAUGGGAUUAAUUGUAGUUAUAAUGCGAGCAAGAAUUAUAGCUGUCACCCAGUCGUAAGUGACAGCAGUUUGCCAAACAGCACCUCCACUGAGAACUGCAGUUUGUGUAGCCAUGCAACCAGUGACAAUGGAUCAUUUAGUAGCAAUAGUAGUGAUUAUGGAUCGUGCACAAGUACUGCAAGUGACACUGGUUCAUGCACCAACAGUGUUCUAAGUGACACUAGUAGCUGCACACAUUCUUUAAGUGAUGCCAGUUAUGUUAGUAAUAUGCUUGGUAGCAAUGCAUCCUGUAUGAAUGCAGAAACAAUUCCUACCAAAAGCAAUAGGGUUCGACAGGUAUUAGCUAGAUGCAAAAGUACAUUUCCAUUUGAUCAGGAUGAGUUGGUCAAGGAGGUGAACAUGGCAAACCUUCCAUCAAGAAGGAAAACCAAACUUCCUCUGAGGCGCUGUUCUUCAUUGGUCAUCUUUCCUCGCAGCCCUUCUGAGACGCCACCGACCUCUCCGACUAGUCCGUGCCCUCCAUCCAAUAGAGGCCCUUAUCAAACAUCAUAUCAGUUAAUGCUUUGUUCUAAUGAGCUUCCGCAAAAUGAGGAACAGGCAUCAUCUAAGGGUUCUCUUUUAACAGCAGUUAAUGGAGUUCGACUUUCCAAAAAUACUUGCACUAUUGGUGAAGUUAGAGAUGUUAAACCACUUUACUUGAAUGACUCAUUACAAGAGAAUCCCUGUCCAUCCGAUGAUCUUCAAAGAACUGACACUUCAGAGGACGGAUUGUCUUUUAUUUCAGUACAUGUUUCUCACCAGAAACAGUCAGCCGCUAAUGAAUCUCUCAGCGACCAUACCAUACCGAACAUCCAUGAGGAGGCGGUCCGGCCCAGCAGAAGAGCCCAUUCACAACGCCAUAUACGCCUGUUGCGCAGUAGUUCUGCUUGUUCUCCUUCAAGUAAAGUAACAGAACGUCAAAUUAAAAUGCAUGGAGACCGGAGACACAAAAGUAUACCCAGCAAUAAAUCGAAUCACAUUUUCCAAAGAAGUAUAUCUGAAGGGCCGCCUCCUAAAUAUUCUUCUUCUAGUCUUAAGUAUAAUUGUCCAAAAUUGGGUUCAUCCCAUUUGCACAUUCAGUUUGCACCUGGAAGUGAAAGUAGGAUAAGUAGCUUUAAAAGACAGUUUAUUAAAAACCCUUCCACAAAUGUGCCUGGUAAGCCAUCUGUGAAAUGCCACAAGACCAGAGAUGACUUUCUUGGUCAAGUGGAUAUUCCUCUUUACCAGUUGCCGACAGAAAAUCCCCGGUUGGAGCGACCAUAUACAUUUAAAGAUUUUAUUCUUCAUCCCCGAAGUCAUAAAUCUAAAGUCAAGGGAAAUCUUAGGUUAAAAAUGAGUUACUUACCGAAAAGCAGUGGAUCAGAAGAAGAAAAUGCGGAGCAAGGUGAAGAGAUUGAGCCCGGCUGGAUUAUCUUGGACCAACCAGAUGUUCUUUGCCAACCACAACAGCAGGAUUCUCCACUACCUCUAGGCUGGGAAGAGAGACAAGAUAUCCUUGGUAGAACGUAUUAUAUCAGCCAUCAAUUUAAAAGGACACAGUGGCAAAGGCCUACUAUUCAGGAUGGCACUGCUGGUCCAGAAAGUGGCAGUGUGCAGUUGGAAGCACAACGUGUAUUUAAAACUAGAAGGCAAAUCUCUGAGGAAACAGAAGGUCCAGAAGUGAGAGAUUCUCCAGAGAGUUGGGAAAUUAUAACCGAGGAUGAUUCCACUGUAUACAGCAACCACAGUACUCAACCACACUCAUUAUCUAGCAGUGACAUCCAAAUACAAGUUGCUGAUGAGCUCAAUGCAAGGCUUCACAUAUCUGGGAAUACUGCCAGUGGCAGGCACAGCUCAAGCAUUGUGAAUUCCAGCAGAAGAGGGAGCUUGCAAUCAUAUACACAGGAAGAACUACCUACGUUACCAGUUUUAUUGCCUACCUCUUCUGGAUUACCCCCUGGUUGGGAGGAAAAACAAGAUGACAAAGGAAGAUCGUAUUUCAUAGAUCACAACACAAGAACAACUACGUGGGAGAGGCCCACAGUACAGGCACCAGUGGAAAUGGCACAGCCACCAUCAGUACAGAGCAUCCCCACCAGUCAUCAGCUUCAUAUACCAGCAAACGAAUCUUCAAAACUGUCGGUGGACCGGGAUCUGGGCUUCCUCCCCAAAGGCUGGGAAGUGCGGCAUGCACCGAAUGGAAGGCCUUUCUUCAUAAAUCAUGUCACCAAAACUACUACAUGGGAAGAUCCAAGGUUGAGAAAUCCAGUUCAGCUAAGGCCAAAGCCACCCAUCGAUCUCUUAGACCUGGGACCACUAUCACCUGGCUGGGAAGAGCGAACACAUUCAGAUGGCAGAGUCUUUUAUAUUGACCACAACACAAAGAAAACACAGUGGGAAGAUCCACGAUUACAGACUGCAGCAAUAGCUGGGCCAGCUGUGCCUUAUUCACGGGAUUACAAAAGAAAAUAUGAGUAUUUCCGGAAAAAGUUAAAGAAGCAGCUUGAUAUUCCUAAUAGGUUUGAAAUGAAGUUGCGUCGUACAGCCAUUUUUGAAGACUCCUACAGAAAGAUAAUAGCGGUGAAAAGACCUGAGUUCCUUAAAGCACGACUCUGGAUUGAAUUUGACAAUGAGAAAGGCUUGGAUUAUGGAGGAGUUGCCAGAGAAUGGUUCUUCCUUAUUUCCAAAGAAAUGUUCAAUCCUUAUUAUGGCCUCUUUGAGUAUUCAGCAACUGAUAAUUAUACAUUGCAGAUAAAUCCAAACUCUGGCCUGUGCAAUGAAGACCAUCUUUCCUAUUUCAAAUUUAUUGGUCGUGUGGCUGGGAUGGCAGUCUAUCAUGGAAAGCUGCUAGAUGGAUUCUUCAUCCGACCAUUUUAUAAAAUGAUGCUUCAGAAGGCAAUAACACUGACUGACAUGGAAUCUGUGGACAGUGAGUAUUACAAUUCUCUCCAGUGGAUACUAGAAAAUGACCCCACUGAAUUAGACCUACGGUUCACUGUAGAUGAGGAACUUUUUGGACAGACUCGUCAACAUGAUCUUAAGCCUAGUGGAUCCGAGAUUGUAGUCAACAACAAAAACAAGAGAGAAUAUAUACAUCUGGUCAUCCAGUGGAGAUUCGUGAACAGGGUGCAGAAGCAGAUGACUUCCUUUAAAGAGGGCUUUUUUGAACUGAUUCCUCAGGAUCUCAUUAAAAUUUUUGAUGAGAAUGAAUUGGAGCUCCUCAUGUGUGGACUGGGAGAUGUGGAUGUCAACAAUUGGAGAGAAAAUACAAAGUAUAAGAAUAGUUACUCUGCUGGACAUCAAGUUAUACAGUGGUUUUGGAAGGCAGUGCUAAUGAUGGAUGCUGAGAAGAGAAUUCGAUUGCUUCAGUUUGUCACUGGUACCUCCAGGGUACCUAUGAAUGGAUUUGCUGAGCUUUAUGGCUCAAAUGGACCACAGUUGUUUACAGUUGAAAAAUGGGGCACCCCAGAAAAGCUUCCCAGAGCACACACAUGCUUUAACCGAUUGGAUUUACCUCCUUAUGAGACUUUUGAGGACUUGUGGGAUAAGUUACACAUAGCAAUUGAAAAUACUCAAGGUUUCGAUGGGGUGGAUUGAGGAUGACUGCGCCUGCAAGGAGAAGUGUUAAAAAUUUCUAUGUUUACAGCUGAGAAUAUUGUUUUUUUUCCUGGGGAACCUCUGUAGAGUUAUUUUGCAAUUCUGUUUGGAAAUUCAGUUUAUUGAAGAAUACAACCAGAAAAAUGUACUGCUGUAAUUUAACACAGCAAGAUCCACACUGAACCCCUCCUGUGUUUCACCUUAUAGUGACAUUGGUUUAAUUUAACUGUUACCUCUUAGGGUAGACAACUUACACCAUCACAAAACUACUGAAGUAAAAAGCUGUGAAAAGUGUUUAAAACAUGUGAUUGGUUAAUGAAUUUGUGUCUGUCCCCUUCUGCAUGAGAUCCAGCCAUAGAGAGAACCUUUUUAUCCAUUCUAUUUGACCAGAGAUAUUUUAGCCACUUGAGGACCACAUUGGUAUAUGCAAUUGCUGCAAUCGUUUGGCCAACUUUUUUCAUUUUUGCCGGAUAUCAUUUGAAUUUGAGUUUUUUGUAUACAUAUGGCUUGUGAUCGUUAGAAAUAAUAUGUAAACAUCUCUUAGCUAUCAUGUUUAUUUAACACAACGUAAAGUUUAAAAUUUUGCAGAUUACCUCACAACUAAUGUAAAAGGUAUGUACCCCAAACAAACCUGCCAAAUAUUCAUUUCGAAAAUUAUUUUUCUGAUCAACAAAACCAAAAACAUUUUUAGCACUUAAAAUGUUAUAACUGCCCAAAAUUCACAUUCAAUUGAAAUAUGUACAUUAUUUAAACAGCUAUUGUAAUAUUGAAUGCAUAAGAGAAAAAAUAAAUACACUUACUACAGUAGAUGUACUAAUAUAACAGUUAAAGAACUGUCUACUAGUAACAAAUCCCAUUGUAUUUUCUUCAUAAUAAUCUUCUUUUUUCAUUCAUUUUAAUUAUAUUUCAAUAGUAGUCCCAACCGGGUGUCUGUCUGGCAUGGUGUGAAUGCAUAGUCACAAUUGUGAGACAUUUGUCUCCCAAUCUGACAUAAAAUGGUGGCCUUAAUCAUUAGCGUGGAGAUGGGAUUACAAUUUCUCCAAUCUAACCUUGCGGGAAAAAAUCCAGUUACUUUCAGUGAACUGUUGUUGAAACAGUUGACUGGUAUCUGGUGAUCGCCCAAACUUGGGAGUGCGAGAUUACUUAUCCUUUUAGCGAUUACUUGCAAUCAUAUGUGCAAUUCUCAGUAGACGAAAAGUGUUUAAAAUUGUCUGAAAAGGGUAUGGCGUGCUUAUGGGAUGUUGUCAAAAUGACACACAUCCUUUUCUUCUGAAUUUCACACUUGUAAAAAGGGUUGAUAGUGAUCACUGUGGCUGCAAAAGUAGCCCAAACCUGAUUAGUUGUGGGAGUCAGAUCUCCAUUUAGGCUAACAAAUCAAAAGAUAUGCACACGUCCAGAGGUCCUGAAGUUAAUAAAAAAGUUAACACUUUUAAAAAAGCCUUUCACAUGUAAGAAUGCACAAGCUCAUCUGACCAGUCCAUGAUUUGGUACCUAUUUUGGUGUCAAAUUUGUGAAUAUGGUUUAGGAGAGGUCCUGUAUUUGCACGUAGCCAUGAAAUACAAUGAAUGUGCUUUAUUAUUUUUUUUACCAAAUUACUGCAUUAAUGUCUGAAGUCUGUUUUCCAACUGAUUGCCAGUUUACAUUUAACCCCAAGAGUGUGUACAUUCAUGCUGUCUUUGCAGCAAGGAGCACUACCUUGCAUUGACAAACUAAAAAAGUCUAGAGUUGGGAUCUCCCUCCUUAACACAUAACUACAUCAUUCUUUUGAACCACAGGGGGGUAAAACAUCCAUGUAAACAGCAGAUGCUGUGCAAAACUGGUACCCCAAAAACUCCAUUGAUUGUGUUUAAAGAAAAAAAAAAGAAACGAAAUAUAUAUAUUUUUAGGAUAUUUUUAUAUUACUCUAAAUGCAGUUCUCUAACAUUCUUGUGUAUAAUUUGUCAUUUUUUUUCCAUUUAUUACAAACAUCCCAUAUAUAUUCCUUUUAAUUUUAGUCUCCCUCCCCAAGUAUUACUAUUGUCACAUUUCUUUUAUUUCAUAAGCAGUGCUGCCCCACAACACAUUAUUCCUAUUUUCUUCUCUAUUUCUGUUUUUGUUAGAAUUGUGUCCUGUGUUUGUUGGAACCUAGAAUGAAAUUUUCUCAGGCUAGAAAGCUGUUAUAUUUUUUCCUAUGUUGUAUAAAAUAUGUUCACACAAAUGUAAAUUAAAUCUGUGUUCUAGGUAACGAGGAGCAAGAUGUGUUAGUAUGUAGACCGCUUACUUAGCGUGUACAUGAAAUCUUGCAACCUUGCACAGUUUUACGGUAUAGAUUUGUUUACAGACUUUUUAUAAGUUUACAGUUAAUCUAGUUCGCGUAUGUAUAUGUGUAUAUAUAUUUAUAUAUACAUGUACAUACUCAGUCUUUAGCCUAGUUACCAAAUAAUGUGUUAUAAUACCAAGUAACCAAAGUAAUUUUGUAAUGUGAGUAGUCUAUGUUCACUUUGUCGCUCGGUGUGUUGGUGUUCUUUUUCUACACUUAAGUUAUUUUACUUUGUGGAACCUUACAAUUUGUUUUUCCUUUGUUAACCUCAAUACAAUUUCCAUUUUUUUUUUGUUAAACUUUAAAUCUUCACUGAUUUUAUUUUUUUUGGACUGUGCCUAUACUAUAGAGAAAGCCAUUUUGUCAGUUCAACAAGUACUUUCGAGAAAGAUGACAGUAGCUUCGUGUGUGAUCAUACUUACUACUGUAAUUAAAUCUGGCCGUACAGAUAGAGAGCUUUGU